UCGACAUUACACAAACACUCACACACUCCCAACACUAGCACGCACUCCUCUGAGAGCACAAGCCCUGGACUGGCUUGUUUUUCUUCUGGAGAUUUCGCACAGGAAAACACCACAGAAAGAACCGGAGAAGAAAAAGUGCACAAGAAGACAAGCAUUUUAUAACUUCAGAAAAUAUUUUCACUCUCUUUUUUUUGGAGUCCUAUUCAAGGAGAGCGUCUGAGUUAGCGAGCGUGAAUGGGUUGUCAUGGUGACUGACACUGGCAGGCUGACCCUAGAAGAAGACUGGAUGUUGAAUGGACAGAGAGCUGCAGUGGCCAGCCAGCGAAAGUAACAGGGAGUUAUCGGAGAAAGGGAAGAAGGGAAGAAGAGAAUGGAGGACGGCUUCUCCAGCUACAGCAGUCUCUAUGACACCUCCUCACUGCUGCAGUUCUGCAACGAUGACAGUGCCUCGGCGUCGAGCAGUAUGGAGGUGACGGACCGGAUCGCCUCUCUGGAGCAGCGGGUUCAGAUGCAGGAGGAUGAGAUUCAGCUGCUCAAGUCGGCGCUGGCUGAUGUGGUGAGGAGACUGAACAUCUCAGAGGAGCAGCAGGCCAUGCUCAGCAGGAAAGGACCAACCAAAGAAGCAGCAGUGAGGAGAGACUCUCCCUCCUCUGACAGCAGUGUUGGGAAGCCAGCUAGACCGAUGAUUGCAGCCCUGCCCCUCAGACCCACGGUCAAUAACGGUACUGUCCUGCCUAAGAAGGGCGGCACACUGCCAUCCCCCUCCAGCUCCAAGAAGGACAACAGCUCACCAGCAACCAAAAGCACUGUGAAAAGGACAAGUUCAUCUGAGCAAGUCGGCCCCAACAACAGGAAAGACAGUGGUGUGGACUCCAAAAGCAAUCGCACACGCGCUGGUUCCACAGGGAGCAACUCUAGUGGCAAGAAAGCCACAGAAAACAAACAGAGGGAGCCUGUUUUCAGCGCAGGGAUGCGACGUGUGACGCACUGCAAAGAUGAAGGGUAUGUCAAAAUGUAUUUGAAGGGACGACCCAUCACCAUGUACAUGCCCAAAGACCUGGUGGACACAUACUGCCUGGAAGCAAAGGCUGACUUGCCUCCUAAAAAACUGAAGCUAGACUGGGUCUAUGGUUACCGGGGCCGUGACUGUCGAUCCAACCUGUACUUGCUCCCGACGGGGGAAACGGUUUACUUCAUCGCAUCUGUGGUUGUGCUGUAUAAUGUGGAUGAGCAACUACAAAGACACUACACUGGACAUUCUGAUGAUAUCAAGUGCCUCGCUGUCCAUCCUGAUAAAAUCACCAUAGCAACAGGACAAGUGGCUGGCACAUCCUCAGAUGGAAAACUUUUGGCUCCUCACGUGCGAGUGUGGGACUCUGUGAGUUUGAACACGUUGCACAUCCUUGGAACCGGUUUCUUUGAUCGAGCUCUGGUUUGCCUCUCCUUCUCAAAAUCGAACGGAGGAAGCUGGUUGUGUGUUGUGGACGACUCCAAUGACCAUAUUCUCUCUGUGUGGGACUGGCAGAGGGAGGAAAGGCUUGCUGAAGUCAAGUGCUCCAAUGAGUCAGUCUUUGCUGCUGAUUUCCACCCGACAGAUGCUAAUAUAAUUGUAACCUGUGGGAAGUCACACCUUUAUUUCUGGUCAUUAGAAAAGGGAUCUCUUGUGAAAAAACAGGGACUUUUUGAGAAACAAGAGAAGCCCAAGUUUGUAUUGUGUGUGACUUUUUCAGAAAAUGGCGACGCCAUCACUGGAGACUCGAGUGGAAAUAUACUUGUGUGGGGCAAAGGAUCUAAUCGUAUUAGCUUAGCCAUUCAGGGAGCACAUGAGGCCAGCGUCUUUGCACUUUGCAUGUUGAGAAAUGGGACGCUGGUCUCAGGUGGGAAGGAUCGUAAACUCAUCUCCUGGGACGAAAAUUAUCAAAAGAUUCAAACGGUGGAGGUGCCUGAGUUAUAUGGCCCUAUUCGGACUGUGGCUGAAGGACGGGGAGAAACGGUUCUUAUUGGCACUACCAAAAACUAUGUCCUGCAAGGCAGUCUGGAUGGGGAGUUCAUACCCAUCACCCAGGGCCACACAGAUGAGUUAUGGGGCCUGACUGUACAUCCUCUGAAGCAUCAGUUCCUCACCUGUGGCCAUGACAAGCACAUCUGCCUGUGGGACUCUGCCUCUCAUCAGCCCAUCUGGACCAAAACAUUGGAGGACGCCGCGCAGUCGGCCGGCUUCCACCCUUCUGGAGCGACAGUUGCUAUAGGAACGCAGACGGGCAGGUGGCUUGUGCUCGAUACCGAAUCGAAGGAUCUGGUCACGGUGCACACGGACGGGAACGAACAGCUGUCGGUUAUGCACUUUUCUCCAGAUGGUCAUUUCCUUGCGAUCGGGUCACAUGACAACUACAUCUACAUUUAUGCUGUGGCAGAAAAUGGAAAGAAAUACAGUAGAGUUGGAAAGUGCUCAGGUCAUUCUAGUUUCAUCACCCAUCUGGAUUGGUCUGUGGAUUCUCAGUACUUGGUAUCCAACUCAGGGGACUAUGAGAUCCUUUACUGGAUUCCUUCUGUGUGUAAGCAAGUAGUGAGUGUGGAGACAACCCGGGAUAUUGAAUGGGCCACUUUCACCUGUACUCUGAGCUUCCAUGUUUUUGGACUGUGGCCGGAUGGCUCAGAUGGUACUGAUAUCAAUGCUGUGUGCAGUUCAAAUGCAAAGAGGCUGCUCGUCACCGGAGAUGACUUUGGCAAAGUUCACCUCUUCUCAUUCCCUUGCUCUCAGUCCCGAGCUCCUAGUCACAUCUACGGUGGACACAGCAGCCACGUCACCAAUGUUAACUUCCUACGUGAUGACAGCCACUUAAUCUCUACAGGAGGGAAGGACAUGAGCGUAAUGCAGUGGCGUGUGGUGUAAAACGACCACUGUCACACUGAACUUCCUUAUUUUUCUAGGAUCAAGUGGCUUGGGAAAGCAAAAGUGGGGCCAUCGACUACAGAGUAGAGUGGAGUCUCAAAUUUAUUUGCCUUUAAAUUGAUCUCAGGACACCAAUAUUUGAAGUGACUCUCUGUUUUGACUGUCUCACGCGUUCCCUAGGCUAUGAAAGAGAUGUUUUGUGAUGGAAACCCAUCUCUUUAGCUUUGAAUAACAAACUAAAGAAUCUGCUCUACAGGACAAAGUUAAAUUUGAUGCCAAAGCACAUUGGGAAUGAAUAGUCCAGUCCAGUUUAUAUUAGACCAAUAUAUGUGCUCAAAGCACUGACCAAUCAUAACACUGUUGUAACUUCUUAGGGAUCAUUUAGAGUCUUAAAAAUACCAUCAAUUAUACUCUAUCACACUCUGACUGUGUUUUGAUAAAUUGCACGUUAGCCAUCAUUUUGUACUAAAAUUUGUCUCCAUUAUGAUCUUUUCGAGGGGUGAGAACCAGAAGGGCAUAAGUGACAUUUUUGGUCAAAUGGAGAUAUGUAUAUCAAAUGAAAGCAUUUAAUGAGCUCUUUCUACUGGUAAAAGUACUGUCAUCCAUGAGUGUACAAAUUUUUAAAUAUAAACAGUUGAAAUCAGUACACAAAGUCAGAUCAAAUUAUGGUAAAUAUUUUGUUUUGGUUCUCCUGUAAAGUUGGUGAAAUGUCACUUACGCCUUUAUGGUUCUCACCCCUCGUUUUAUUAACUUUUGCUGCCACCGUAUGGUACGUUGCGGUAUUGCAGCCACCUUCCCACCGCUGAAUUUAUUUUAUCCUCUGCUGUAGUCAAAUACUUACGGUGUUUCAUGGAUUUAAACCGUUAUAGAAGUACAAAAAUAUUCAGUCAGCCAUCAAAAUCCUCUCAAGGACGAAAAAUAGCAUGAGUUUGGGAAACAAAGUGACUGUACUGCAAAAUGAUCAAGGCCUUCACUGUCUUUCACUUGCUAAAUCACUACAGCCAUUAAUCACUGAUUUAGUUUAAUCCUCAGUCUGACAUCAAAUCUGUUUUGUGCAUCAACUAGCUUAACUAAACGCCAUCAUGUAGUGCACAUUUACAUUAGCGUUAAGCUCCAUUUUCAUAACCUCCGCUUGAGAAACAUGAUUGAACAGUUACAGUCAAAUGACUGUAGUAUUAAUAAUAAAACUAAGCAUGCACAAGCUUGUUUGUAACUGUCUAACCUAUUUUUCCAUAUUCAUUGUCGGUUAUAUGGCAUAGCCAUGAAAAUAAAGGAAAUCAUGGUAGUUCUUCUGUGAAAUACGAGAAAGCUUUGUUUUUGACCAAAUAUAGGUUUGUUGAAUCAAGGUUGGGGUGAUAUUUUGAAGGAUGAUGUCUACAACCACAUGACAAUAUUACGUUAUAUGAAUGUAUAAUAAAAUGGGGAAAUCAGUUCUUUCA